UUCAUUACACAACCUGUUCGGAACGCGGAAAUCUAGCAUUAAAAACGUCAAUACGAUGUCUAAUUUAAGUUCGUUCGCGGAAAGCGGCAAGAAAAUAAUCGGAGUGGCCGCUAACUACAAAUCGUUGUUGAAAGCGUUGAACAAGCCGCAUCCGAGCGUUCCCGAAAUCUUCAUCAAACCCACGACAUCUUACAUAACCGAAGGCCAGAAGAUCAUCAUACCCGAAGGUUUCUCCGUGAACCAGGAAGUCGAAUUGGGCGUCAUCGUCGGCAAGAAAGCCAAGAGAAUCGACAAAUGCCAGGCGAUGGACUACGUAGGAGGCUACUGCGUGGCCUUAGACAUGACAGCCACCUGCAGAAUGAAGGAAGCGAGAAGCAAAGGGGGCUCCUGGACGCUGGGCAAGGGCUUCGACACCGCCACCCCCGUCGGCGAGUUCAUCCCCAAGGGCUCCGUCUGCGAUCCCUACAAGCUGGUCCUGUGGUGCACGGUGAACGGAAAGCCGCGACAGAAAGGGCCCACCGACGAUUUGCUGUUCGACAUCUCCGAUCUGAUGGCGUACAUCAGCAAAUACAUCACGCUGGAGCCGGGGGACCUGCUUCUGUCGGGCUCCCCGCCCGACAUGGGGCCCGUCCGGCACGGCGACGUCGUCAAGGCGGGCAUCGAGGGCUUGACGGAGGUGGAAUUCCACGUGGAGGACGAAAGGACCUGCUGAGUGGCUCUUGUAAAUUAAAUAAACGGUAGUCGAUUGUUGGGAGUUUUGAUGGGGCGAACCAGAGGGGAUAAUUGAAGCUUAUAGUUCGAUAAUAGUUCUAAAAAGAAGCUACAACAUAGAAGAAGCUCCAAGAUAGAAGCUCACAAAGAUAGAAGAAAUCCC